AAGUUCUUAAUUUAAAUGCCAAAAGUGUAUUGCGAUAGAAAAGAAUACACAAAUUAUAUUAUAUCAAUACAGGAGCUACAUUAAAAUACAACAGUAAUUAUUUGAAUUAAUUUUAUCGAAAAUUCUCAACUUCGAAUGUAUUCGAACAAUUUUCGAAAUGCCACAUUUUGACAAGUUUUUGCAUCCAAGCCAACAUCCACCAUUUUUGUGAAUGAAAAGAAAUUCCACUAAGUUGUAAAUAAUUUGUCCAAAAUAUUAUCAUCUUUAAAAUCUAAUUGUGUGUAAUCGAGUGAAAGUGAGUUACAAUCAUGGCAACUAGUGAGGAGCAACGAGAAGCUUUAACCGCUGAGUUGAAAACAAAAUCCAUUUGUCGCUUCUGCCUUUCUCAAGAAGCAGACGAUCUAAGUAACAUUUAUGCGAAGGAUGCUCCAAUGAAAUCAUUACUUCCACUGCCUGUGGAAAUAUUGGCAGUUGCUUCUAUCGAAGUAUUUCUAAAUGAUGGAAUGCCUUCCACGGUUUGUUUGAAAUGCCGAUUGACUUUUGAUUAUUGCUAUCGGUUUAAACAAAUGUGUAAAAAGGCGGAAAAUCAGUUGAGUCAAGUUCCACUUUUGGGCGAAUGGCCUUCCCCCCUAGUGAAACCAAUAAUCCCGCCAGAACUUUUACCGAAGCAAAUUACUACGCCUAAGGAAAAUAAAAAUCCCAUCCAACAAGCGAAGUUACCUUCCUCUGCCAGUAAGGGGCAAUCUCAACUGUCAUCACAAUCGCAACAAAGUGCUGCUGCAGCCAUUUCGAAAGCAACAAAUGUUAAACAAUUGAGUUCGUCAGUAUCAACUCCCAGAAAAAUUCUUAACUCAAACCCAGCACCACUUCCUGAACCACCAGUACCAGCUCGUACGAAAAAGAAUAAAAAUGUAGAAACAUUUAGUUUUCUAACAAAGGUAGAAAACAAUGAAGAGAUUUCACUUGACGAUGUACAACGAUUAAUUGCUGCAGAAGAUGGUGAGUUUAUUAAACAGGAUUUUCAAGAUUCUCCGGUCUCUCCAACGAGUACUUCCACAAACACAACAAAGAAGAAACCUAAACUUCUAAACAAAUCCUCAAUGCGUAUACUUAAUAAGGAAGCUGAAGUAGAUACAGAACCAAGGUUAAAGCUGCCGCAAGUAAAACACGACGAGGACGGUAACGUGUUUGUUGUUACCGAAAUAUUGGACCCUAGUAAGCCAUAUGAGACCGAAGCAGACCCUAUUAAGAAUGCAGCACCAGUAAAGACAAAUGUUUUUCCGUGUCCAUACUGCGACCGUACAUUCCCUCUGUUGCAAUUGCGUGACAUUCAUUUAGUGAAUCAUACACGUGAACGACAUUAUCCAUGCGGGGACUGCGACCGUUCGUUUUUCUCUAAAUAUGAUCUUCAGAAGCAUACAGUUAUACAUACUGGUGAACGAAAGUACAAGUGCACCGUUUGCGAUAGAGGAUUCACGAGACCGGCACUUCUGCAAAGGCAUGAGAAAAUACACACAGACAUACCCAAGUUUCUUUGCGUAUUUUGUGAGAAAGAAUUCUUGUCGAAGGAUGAUAUGGAAAAGCACACCGAUCGGCAUCGCAAAAAUCGACCUUUUAAGUGCAAAGUGUGCUCUAAAGCAUUUGCUUUCAAGCAAGGCCUGGAACGUCAUGAGGUGGUGCAUUCGAGGGAACAGCCCUAUCCUUGCCAAUAUUGUGACAAAAGUUUCUGCACACAAUCGAAAUUGGCUCGUCACCUGGUAGCACAUGCGGGCAGUCGACCUUUUCCAUGCAAAUAUUGCCCGAAGUCCUAUUUGCUUUCCCAUCACUUGUCGCGGCACAUGCGUACCCAUAAGGAAAGUGUUGAUAUGUACUCAUGUAACGAAUGUGAAGAGGUUUAUAGGACUUGCAACGAGCUUGUUAUGCAUUCAAUAGUGCAUGCUAAAGAAACAUUGGUAUGCCCGCUAUGUCAACAAGGCUUCGAGGAUGAAGCGUCGGUGACAUCACACAUUAUGGAGCACGCUAAUAAUGAGUCGUUCCCUUGUGAAUUCUGCGAUUUGAUAUUCCUUACAUAUAACGAACAAAACUAUCACGUUAAAAGCGCACACGCCUCGGAACUUGCCGCAUAUAAUGAAGACGAAAAGAAAACAAAGCGCACAGAGAAAAUUGUUAGUGAUGAAGAAUUGGAAGGUACUAUUGAGGAGUUUCUUUAUGAUGAAGAAAAUGAUUCGGACGCUAACGCUAAUACAAAACAAAGUACAGGCGGAAAUGAUGAAAACAAAAAGUCUAACACUGAAGAAGACGAACAGUACGAGACAGAAUAUCUAAAGAUAGAAGAACUGGUUAGCACUGUCGAAGAAAUGACUGCAGAAGUCUUAUCUGAGAUAAACGAAGAUCAAGAACCGGUUAUAAAAAAAAGUAAACUUAGCACUAGUAACGAAAAGGAACAAACUAUCGUAAAUGAAGUCAAUCAAUUGCGCCGUAAGGCUCCCAAAAGAGAUACUCAGAAUAUUGACGGAGGCAAAUCUUUAAAAGCUCCUACAAGGGUUAUUGCCAAUCAGAGUUUAGUGCUGAGAAGAGGUAAACCUAGCGCAGUUACCUCGACCACAAAUCAGAAGAAUGGACAAGGCAAUAAUAAUAACAAAAAUGAUACCCCUACGUCUAGCAAAGACACAAAAGGUUUGGAAAAUGUCAAUCAACGUAAAGUGAUAACAGUGUCGGGAAGUAAGCAAAUGAGUUCAAAAGCUGUAAUACCUAAAAAAGGUGUAGUGCAAACAAAUCUCGAUAAUAUAGUUAUUAGAACGAAGGCAGGUGAAAAAAGUGUACGGGUGCAAAAAAUUCUUGUAACAAAAGCCGAAGCAGCUGCCAUGGCUAAAGAUGGUCGACUACGUAUCAAAGACGGAAAUUUUAUACAAAUCAAGGAUGCAAAUCUACCAAAGUCGUCGAAAUAAUGUAAUAUGUUCUAAAAGUGAAAUUUGAUUGGAGCAUAAUCUUAUAUAAAUAUAGUAUACUUACACAAUAAUAAUUAAUUAUUAUUUACUUGUAUUAGUUAUGAAUUGGUAUGUAUCGAAGGUUUUUCUAUUUCAGAAAUUUCUUUUUUCCUUAACAAAGUAUCCCAAUUUACGAUGGAAUUAUUUCAUUUAUUAAUAAAAUCAUUGCUGACAGAAUACAAUUUUUCAUAAAAUGACAGUAAGCCAAAGCGACAAAUUACCAGAAGUAAGUUGAACUGGUCCAAUCUAGUGUCCUCUUUAGUGAUGCUACAAACUAAUCUGCAUUACAAAUUAAUGUUCAUAACCAUCAGGCAGUGGGUUGACAUGGGGGUUAUGGAACAAGCUUUUGUUGCCUUCUCCCCAUGGGAAACGCUUCUCACGACGACGCAAAUAUUCG